UAGUCUGUCAGACCAAAACGAAGAAGAAGAGAAGGUACCGCUAUCAUUACACAGAGGCUGAAAGAGAAAAAGCAAGGCGUUUUCUCAAGAGGGACAACUAGAAUUGAAUAUUAACGCUGACUGAAAUACAGUUGCAAGCUCAGAAAUAUUAUCAAUCCCUGCCCUAGUUUGGUCUGGAUAUCCCCUGGAGAGAAAUCCCAGCAAAAAAUAGACAGGCCUGCCCUCUGCCACGUGUCUCUCUCUGCUCGUCGCCUUGGAUAUCCUGCAGAGGUGAAGGAUAUGGAUCCUAUGGAGUGUCCGCUGUGUUUGGAGCCGCUGGAGACAGACGAUGCCAACUUCUUCCCUUGCACCUGCGGCUACCAGAUCUGUCGCUUCUGCUGGCACCGCAUCCGCACAGACGAGAACGGCCUCUGCCCCGCCUGCAGAAAGCCUUACCCAGAGAACCCAGCGGUCUACAACCCCCUGUCAGCGGAGGAGCUGCAGAGGAUAAAGAAUGAGAAGAAGGCCAAACAGGUGGAGAAGAAACAGAAGACGACAGAAAACAGGAAGCACCUGGCCAGCGUCAGGGUGGUGCAGAGAAACCUGGUGUUUCUAGUGGGACUGUCACAGAGACUGGCCGACCCCGAGAUUCUAAAGAGACCCGAGUAUUUUGUGAAGUUUGGGAAGGUCCAUAAAGUAGUCAUCAACAACAGCACCUCAUACGCCGGCUCACAGGGUCCCAGUGCCAGUGCCUAUGUCACUUACAUCCGCUCAGAAGACGCCCUCAGAGCAAUACAGUGUGUCAACAACCUAGUAGUAGACGGCAGAACACUGAAGGCUUCUUUAGGGACGACGAAAUACUGCAGCUACUUUCUGAAGAGCAUGGGGUGUCCCAAACCUGACUGCAUGUAUCUACACGAGCUGGGAGACGAUGCGGCCAGCUUCACUAAAGAGGAGAUGCAGGCAGGGAAGCAUCAAGAGUAUGAGCAGAGGCUGUUACAGGAUCUGUACCAGAACCCCAGCUUUACCACCCAGACCUCAGGAGGGGAGACGACCAAGAGCUCUAAACCCAGCUCUUUGCAGAGAUCCAACAGUAACAACAGUCAUGGACAAGACGUGUGGCCAACGUUACAACCCACGGGGAAGACGACCAAUGGUCUAUCGGAGCACAGUAAGAGCCCGCCGUUGAACGGUGGCGGCUUGGACUCUGAACACAUGACACCGGACGGACCAGAACGUGACGUUGGCCUGGGCUCUGUGACUGGCCUCUCGCCCUUCUCCUCAAGCCGUGACCCCCCAAGGGCUGCUGUGUCUUUCAGCCCCAGGGACGCUCUGCCAGACGUCACCAGGAGCAGGGACACACAACACGGGGACUCCUCAGAACGUCACAACCUGCUCCCAGACAGUGACUCUCCGUCGCCCCCUCCUGUCCUCUCCGGCCCUCCUGGUUUCUCCAAAGCCAGCCAGGUGGUUCCCAUCAGUGUGACUACCCGGUCUCCCUUUCAGGGGGCUGCCGCCGAGUCCCAGUCUCUGUUCUCAGACAAUAGUAACUAUCGCCAUCCUAACCCCAUCCCCAGUAGCCUCCGUGGGUUUCCCAGCACCUCCACACAUAACAACCACGACACCUGGCCCACUGCACCCCAACCACACAGCCUCUUCACUUCAGAUUCCAUCCCAGUAUCGUCCUCAACAGACUGGCAGGCAGCCUUCGGCUUCGGCUCAUCCAAACAGCAGACGUCAGAAGAUGACUUGGGAUUCGAUCCUUUUGACAUCACCCGUAAAGCCCUGGAGGACCUGAUAGAGAAGGAGCUCCGCGUUCAGGACAGCCUCCCGUCCCUCUCCAUCUCCCCAGGUCCCUUCCCCCCCCACCACCACCACUCACUCCUCUCCUCCGUAGGCACCAAAGCUGCUCCUGGUCCCCCUGGAGAGCUGAUACCCCGUAACCACUUCUUCUCUGGGCCCAUCUCCGGUCUCUCUAGUAAUCACUGCUUCUCCCAGAUGCAUCAACAUCACCCUCAACAACGGGCUGUCUAUAACUCCUUCAGCUUCCCCGGACAGCCGCCUUCAUCAUCGUCCUCGUCAUCGUCUUCAUCACAGACCAGCCGCCACCCCUGGAUGACGUCUGCCCCGAACCGAAAUAACUUCACGACGCACUUCGGCGGCAACCGUACGGUGUCACAACACAGCAGCUUCCUGGACCUGAUGCUGCCCAGUACAGGGCUGGGAGGCAUCGCCACGACAG